GAGAAAGCAGCUCUGACGUUUAACUAAAAGUCAGGGACACCCCACGCAGUGUUGCUAGCAGUCUCUCAGUGAGAAACAGAACCUCAGUGAGAGGCAGAGGGAGAUAGAAGAGGAGAGAUACAUUAUCCCGUAAGGACGAUGAGAUAUUAAGAAAGUGGAACAUCACGAGAAGUGUUAAAUAAGGCCGAUAGAAAGACGAUGGUUUGUGUUCAAUUGGACGAGUAAAAACUUGGCGGUUACGUGCUUGGAAUCAAUAAUAAUAAAUAAUUUGACAGGACCAGGACCGUAGGAGGUGCUGACAACCGCCGCCCUGCAGUUGCAACUUCUCCUUCCCGGGCUGAGUUACUGACAGCGAUUUGAGCCAACAAUGUCCGCCAAUGUUGGUUGUGACGCAACAAAGGUCCGAGGACUCUCUGUUAGAGACAUCCGCUUUCCAACGUCCCUCCAAUCCGAUGGCUCCGACGCCAUACAUCCAGACCCCGACUACUCCUGCGCCUACGUCAUCGUGUACACGGAUUCGGACCUCAAGGGACACGGCCUGACCUUCACAAUCGGCAGGGGCACGGAAUUGGUGGUCCAAGCAGUGAAAUCUCUGGCUCAUGUGGUAGUCGGGAAAAAGCUGAAGGACAUCUUCACUAAUUUCUGUGUGACUUGGCGCCAGUUGACUUCUGAGUCUCAGCUACGAUGGGUGGGCCCCGAGAAGGGCAUCAUCCACUUGGCAGUGGCUGCCAUCGUCAAUGCCCUGUGGGAUCUGUGGGCACGGAUGAACUGCAAGCCCAUGUGGAAGUUUUUGGUCGACAUGGAACCUGAACAGUUGGUCUCCACCAUCGACUUCAGAUAUAUCGGCGAUGUACUGAAGCCCGAAGAAGCUGUGAAGAUGUUGAAGGAGAUGGAAAGCGGGAAGGAUGCUCGAGAGGUACACAUGAGACAGAAGGGGUAUCCUGCAUACACGACUGCAGCGGGGUGGCUAGGAUACUCCCAGGAGAAGAUAGAGCGUCUCCUGAAGCAGUACAUGGUGGAGGGAUGGAGACACUUCAAGCUCAAGGUCGGCCAGAACCUCCAGGACGACAAGAGGAGGUGUAAGAUCGUCAGGGACCUCAUCGGGAGUGAUAAGACCCUCAUGGUGGACGCCAACCAGAAAUGGGACGUGGACCAAGCCAUCGCUUGGAUGAAGGAAUUGGCCCCUUACAAACCCCUCUGGAUUGAGGAACCGACAAGUCCCGAUGAUGUUUUGGGACACCUGGAAGUGGCCAAGGCUCUGAAACCCCUCGGAAUCGGCGUAGCCAGCGGGGAGAUGUUCCAGAACAGAGUGAUUUUCAAGCAGAUGCUCCAGUCUGGAGCCCUCUCCUUCUGCCAAAUAGACGCCUGCAGAGUGGGUGGGGUGCCCGAGGUCUUGGCCAUAUACCUCAUGGCCAAGAAAUUCAAUGUGCCCGUGUGCCCCCACGCGGGGGGCGUUGGCCUUUGCGAGAUGGUCCAGCACCUCCAGAUUUGGGAUUACAUCAGCCUCUCUGGGACCACUAAAGACAGGCUGAUUGAAUACGUGGACCAUCUUAGAGGCCACUUCAAGUACCCGAGGGUUCUAAAGGAUUGUCAUUAUAUGCCACCUAUAAGCGCAGGAUACAGCGUGGAAAUGUGGGAAAAGACAUUGAUGGAUUUCGAAUAUCCUUACGGUCCCGAAUGGAAGAAGCUUUUCGCCAACGGGUCCUACGUGGAUCCUAGCGCCGCUCCUACGCCCGUUUGCGACCACACCCACGGGCUGUAAGCAGGCGUAGGACCAACAGGAAUAGCAGGAGCUAGCAGGAGCAGGAAAAAGUCCUAGCAAUAAGAAGGUGUUAUUGCAGUGUAUCUACUUAAUUGAUACCAAGAGGAGAAAUGGAAUAUUAAAUAAAUUUAAUUAUUAUUAUUAUUAUUAUUAUUAUUAUUAUUAUUAUUAUUAUUAUUAUUAUUAUUAUCUCAGAAAUUCUAGACAGUUGUUAGUGAUUUCUCAAAUUAUUAUUAUUAUUAUUAUUAUUAUUAUUACUUAUUAUUAUUAUUAUUAUUAUUAUUAUUAUUCUUUUAAGAUAAAGUUUCUUCAUUAUUGUUAUUCAAACUGUGCUGAUGCAGCUAUAAUUGUUAACUAAAUAUAUUAUCAUUAUAA